AUGCCGUUAUCAGUGUCAAUCCUCCAACAGAAGGGCCAGAAAUUGUACCAAAAAGGGGACUUCAAGGGUGCCAUUGAGGCCUUCGGCGAGGCAUUGACACAGCCCCAAGCAGACAUAAUUGGCAUACUGGACAAUCGUUCCGCUACUUACUGUAAACUGGAACAGUAUGACCAGGCGCGACGUGACGCCAAGCACAUGAUUAAAAAGGCCAAGGAUGAUGAACGAGGCUAUCUUCGAUGUGCCAAAGUGCUACUCCUGGAAGGCAAGCCGGAGAAGGCACAAGAAAUUUAUGGAUAUGGCCUGAAAAUGCUUCCAAGCUUGCACCCACGACGAGGGAUGCUGGAACAACUUCACAAAAAGCUUGAAGACAGGAUGCUUUCCAACCGAUAUGACCCCUUUUCCAUGCUCCCUCUCGAGGUCGCAGUUUUUAUAAUCCGGCAUUUUUCUUUUAAAGAGGUCGUUGGGAUUUUGCGCGUCUGCAAGGCCUGGGAGCGCUUUUUCAGCUCUAUGUCUAAUCUAUGGAUGCAUAUCGAUCUCACCGGUGCCCGGGGAAAAGUGCCUUGGACCGCUGUGAGAUCGUACAUUCGGCGAUCUAAGGCAAUGCUCACCCACGCCAGUAUUAAGAACUUGGCAACUCCCUCUACGCCGAAGACUCUAGAAUUCCUCAGUCGCUGCCCGCGCCUGGAACAUCUCGAACUACGGGUCUCCCACGACUCAAAGGAUUUUUAUCUCAAGUUCAAAGGCAGCAAGCGAUUAAAGAGUCUCAUUCUUUCAGCAGACAUGCCAAUUUCACAUGAUUAUUUUGGCAGACUACUGGCCGAUCUGCCUGGACUCGAGCGCAUUGCGCUAUGGAAUGUUAAGGGGUCGACUAUGGAGUUUUAUAACUCUGGACAGUGGCCCAAAUCCCUUCCAAAUCUCAAGAGCAUUACGCUGGCAACAAGACAAGCCUCGCCCAGGCACUCGAUGCAACAUAUGCCCGUUUUAUGUAUUCCUGGACUCGGAACAGCUGACGAAACUCCAACAUAUCCGAAUUUGGAAGAGCUGCGCCUGGACUGGGAUCCUCCAGUCUAUAAAGCGUAUACCUUCCUAGCCGAUGGCGAGGAUCGAAAUCUUCCGCCCCUUCGCCGAUUGGAGCUCCGAGGGAAAACGAUAGAGUCAGACUUUUGCACCGUCUUGCCUCGAACCAUCGAGUACCUCCAUCUUCAAGGUGGGACUGCAAGGCGGCCUCUUUACUUGGAUCCUCCCGACGGUGCGUUUUCGAAAUUGCACACCCUCAUUUUCCGGGAUACGGGGUUUAUCACGGGAGCAACACUAUCCGCAUUUUUAAUUGACGCCCAACCCCCACUCCGAACAUUACAUCUGGAUGAAUGCUUUAGUCUCAACAUUCAUGAUUUACUCGGGCUAGUCCUGAGCCAAGAUACUCCCAAUUCCGAGCUGGAGAAAAUCCAGGAUUUGAGUCUCUCCCACGCGGGAGGUGUCGACGACACUGUCGUCCGGCGCAUUUAUGAGACAUUCCGGGAGCUCAAGGUGCUCAAUCUCUCCUACACCCGCAUAUCGGGCGUUACGAUCCGCCUCCUCGCUGACGCUCGAGCCUCCGACUCUCCCGAACGGGCACAACUCGAUCGUUUGAUCGUGCGGGGCUGCGAGGGUCUUUCUUCGGAUGCCGUGGCCUACGGACGCGAGAGGGGACUGGAGGUGAUCACUUGA